CCACCGGGAGCGCUUCCGCCUCCCCGCUGUCGCCAUGGCCGCCCCGGCCCCGGGCCUGAUCUCGGUCUUUUCGAGCCCGCAGGAGCUGGGCGCGUCCCUGGCGCAGCUGGUGGCGCAGCGAGCAGCAUGCUGCCUGGCGGGAGCCCGUGCCCGCUUCGCGCUGGGCCUGUCCGGGGGCAGCCUCGUCUCCAUGCUAGCCCGCGAGCUGCCCGCCGCCGCCGCCCCCGCCGGGCCCGCCGGUCUCGCGCGCUGGACGCUGGGCUUCUGUGAUGAGCGCCUCGUGCCCUUCGAGCAUGCCGAGAGCACGUACGGGCUCUACCGGGCACACCUGCUGUCGAGAUUGCCCAUCCCAGACAGCCAGGUGAUCACCAUUAACCCCGAGCUGCCCGUGGAGGAGGCGGCUGAGGACUACGCCAAGAAGCUGAGACAGGCCUUCCAAGGGGACUCCAUCCCGGUUUUCGACCUGCUGAUCCUAGGGGUGGGCCCGGAUGGCCACACCUGCUCACUCUUCCCAGACCACCCCCUCCUGCAGGAGCGAGAGAAGAUUGUGGCCUCCAUCAGCGACUCCCCAAAGCCACCGCCACAGCGUGUGACCCUCACGCUACCUGUGCUGAAUGCAGCCAGAACCGUCAUCUUUGUGGCGACUGGAGAAGGCAAGGCAGCUGUUCUGAAGCGCAUUUUGGAGGAGAAGGAAGAAAACCCGCUGCCCGCCGCCCUGGUCCAGCCCCACACCGGGAAGCUUUGCUGGUUCCUGGACGAGGCGGCCGCCCGACUCCUCACUGUGCCCUUCGAGAAGCAUUCCACUUUGUAGCUGGCCAGAGGGACGCUGCAUCUGGGACCGCACGUAGCCCGAGUGGGCCAGGAACGUUCCGGGGCUGGGCCCCUGCUGGCCACCACAUUCUGGGCUUCAUUUUAGAAAAACCUCAUAGUGUUGCUGGAAGCUAACAGAGUCUGGCCACCAGCCCUGCCUGGGGGGCUCUGGGGACCUGGGUAUUAAAAGGAGUAUGGCUAGAA